AUGAUCAAUAUUCUUCCCCGCCUUGUCACUCGCGGUGAUGACAGCAACAACGAUGGUCUUUCCACCCCUAUGGUCGACCUCCUCAUCUCUCUCCUGGUUCUCGUCUUGCUCGCCCUCGCUCUCGUUGCCGGUCUUCUCGUCCUCCGCCGCAAGCGCCAGGCGAUGAAACAAUCCGUGCUCCCCGUACACAAUGGCCAGGUUCCCACCCACAACCGUGGCAUGACAAUCACCACCAACAGGACUGACUCCGUGAUGGUCUGUGACGAGAAGCGCAGCCUCAUGGACAACUCGUCCAGUCCCCCUCCCAGCCCGGUACCCGAGAUUCGCAUCACCUUCCCCGAAGAGGAGGAUGCCUCCGGCAAGCGAUCAUCUAAGAUGGUCGUGGUCCGCAUCAGUGAACACGGCAGCUAUGGCCUCGAGCCUUGCAACGAAGAGCUACCGCCAUACCAAACCACCGACUAUGGUCGGUUCCACUCCCUCGAUAUCGAGCGGAUGGGUGGCCUGAAGGAGAAGGAGGAUAUGAAGAGCUAUUCUUAA